AGACGGUAAGAAGAAUCCAAGAAAAAGAAUGUAAAGUAUAGGGUUAAAGCGCCACCUGUGAUGAAGCAGCCACCAGAUCCUCCUAAAAUACGUAAUCCCCCACCUAAAAUUAGAACACUUCCCAAAAUGAAACUGUCAAAACGUAGACGUAAGCCAGCAGAAGCUCCCGUUAGUGCUCAAGGCUUAAAAGAAAUUCAAGAUCCUUUAGAUUUCUUAGCAAAGUACUGUAUUAUCAAUCCUGUUCGGUUACCGUUUUAUGAACUGAUCUUCGAGGCGGCAGUUUUAGAAAAUAAACCAGAAUUUCCAGUUCCAUAUCUUCCUCAAGUCAACGAUGACGAGCCACCUGUCAAUCAUGCCAGUCACCAACAACAAUCGUCACUGUCACAGCAUGAAAAAACAAUGAUUAAAGACAUGACACUUGUCAGUCAUGGUCUACAACCACCAUUAGUGGGUUAUUCUGUGCCAGAACAAUGUCUAGAGAAAAUGAGCUUCACUAUGCAAACACUUCAUGGUAAAAAAGAAGAAAUGGAAAAGAAAUUGAUGAAUUUAGAAGCUAAACGAAUAAAUAUGCUCGCAGAGCUAGCUAGAGAAGAGUUCCCAGGAAUAGAUGGUAUGAUUUAUUCACCGAGAAAAAAGAAAGGAAAACAAAAGAAGCCAGAACCAACCAGUCCAGAACAAGAUGGGGAGAUAACUGAUGAAACUAUUAUUGAAAGACUGGAUAAAAAGAGUUUAGCCCAGCUUUGUUCGAAAGACGAUAUUCGACAUGUUGACAUAGAAAUAGAGAGAAUUCAUCAAAAGAUGAAAGACGUUACAUUUAGACAAAAUCAAUUAAAAGAUGAAAGGAAUAUGUUAUUGGGUUACUGUGAAGACGAUUUUGUAAAUAGACAAUUUACUGAGAGACAUUCUAAAGACUUCCGUCGUCAACAGAGUGAACUGUACAAUACAUUAAGACCCACACCGGAUUAUGAGAUAACGUUGGAUAAUCUACGUGAAUCUCUACAACAAGUCAACAAUCAUCUUUUAACAGAUAAAGAAUGUGAAUUUAUAUAUCAAGUAUUGGAUCUUCCUGGAAGAGAAAGAAUAAAUUUCCGACUGUUUUCUGUAGUAGCUGCUUUAUCUGAAAAAGUUACACAGCUUGACCCAAUGAUAAGGAGGUUAAUGAAUAAACAUGAUUAUAAAGCAUUGGAUAUAAAGAUGGAGAAAUGUAGGGAAUUAUUUAGCUUUCUAGAAGAUGAUAUUGCUCCCCCAGGGGAGGCAACUGCUACAAGUUUAGCUUUAGAAUUAACAGCUGGUGGACUUACGCCGGAACACACAAGUUAUGUUUUAGGAAAGUUUAACAGAGAAGGUCGGGGUUUGAUCGAUUUUAUGGAUUUUGUCACCUAUAUACCACUGUUUGUAGAAAUACAUCAACGUAUAAUUAAAGAUCCACUGAGUGAAGAUCAAGAUUUAUAAAUUCAUUACUGCAUAGGUUUCACAAAGACAACUGCACAAUAAAAUACAGACAAUACAACUAAUACACAAAUAUCAUACAAUGUGAAAUAAAUUAUUGAUGUAGGUUCAAAUUAUGUCAGGAAUUGCACAAUGUAAACUCACUCACCACUGAAUUAAAUAAUGCAGCGGACCUUUGACAUGCUUUUAGGCUCAGAACUUAUCAUCACAGAGAAAUCAUCAACCCAUGUAGACCAAUCAUCAACCCAUGUAGACCAUAUCAACUUUAUUCUAAAGUUUACAUUGAAACGUGGGUACAAAGGGUUAAUAUCUAAUGGUCCAUCUCAAGUGGAUCGUAUACUGGACACGAUCGGCCAUCUCAGGAUCAGGAUGGCAGUGUGAUGACACCCAAACCAUAACAACUUUAUUUUAAAGUUUACAAUGAAACGUGGGUACAAAAGAUUAAUAUCUAGUGGUCCGUCUCCAGUGGAUCCUAUACUGGAAACGAUCGGCCAUCACAGGAUUGCAGUGUGAUGACACCUUAACCUUCGCGCGACGGCGUUAUCGCGUGUUUCAAGAUUGGCAUAAUGUUGCAUCUUCCACAGAACUGUAGGAGUUGUACUGGUACUAGUUUUCCUUGACAAGACAUUUAUUUUACCACAUUUCAAUAUUAACAUUCUGUUGAAUUAAUUUUUUGAGUUUUUGAAAUAACUGAUCAUGAAGACAUAACGUUCAAAUGUUAUCGCCGUGUUCGGAUGUUGUUACAUUCAGAAUUGCGAGAUUUAAGUGUAUCUCUCAAACCAGAUUUGCAAUAAUGCAUUUGUUAAAGUGUUGUAUUUUCAUUGUAUCUCAUUAUAGGUUAAAUUUAAAAAAAAAGUCGUCAAUCAAAUAAUUAUCAUAAUCCAAAAUGUAUACCAUGAUUCCCCAGAAUCGCUGUUGAUUUUUCAUAAACAAAUUUAAGUGUAUCUCUCAAACCAGAUUUGCAAUAAUGCAUUUGUUAAAGUGUUGUAUUUUUAUUGUAUCUCAUUAUAGGUUAUAUUUAAAAAAAAAGUCGUCAAUCAAAUAAUUAUCAAUAUCCAAAAUGUAUACCAUGAUUCCCCAGAAUCGCUGUUGAUUUUUCAUAAACAAAUCACCAAUAAAUAUGGAACCCGUCUUGUAACCAAAUGUAUAAAUAUUAUACAUUAGCUAAUGUACGUCAAUCAAUAGUGGUAUUUACAUCACUAUUUGAAUUAUACUGAGUAUACUGAGUGCUGCCCUAUAUAGUUAUGUUGCUCAGGUAAUUUGCUGAGCAAAUAUAGGCCAGCCUCGGGUACGUGAAACAAUUAUGAAUCAAUGCAUUAUAACUGCUUUAAUUUAAUAGUAUAAAUUGAACACAUUGUUUAGAUUGUUUUCCAGUUUUGGUGAAAUUUAUUUGUACAUAAUAUAAAGUAGUCUAUCCGUCCCGUUUAUUUUUAUAUGUCUGUGAUAUUUGUUGCAUAUUACACUUUAUUACAAUUGUAAUUAUUUAUA